GUCGAGGAAAGCGGGAGAUGGCUGGCACCUUUGGACUCAUCCACGCCCCCUGAAUUACCCGUUGUUCACGUCGCACAUGUGUAGCGAGCGCUCUGAAGUAAUAUAAACUUCCUCUUCGGCCCUUUCUUCUUGCAUCGUUACUCCACCGCUGGAAAUCCGCAGCUUCUCCAUCCGUCAUCCCUCACGCUUCAGCAAUCAUGGUCGAGCUCCGCAAGCGUAAAGCUCCCCCUCCUCCACCACCGCCACCCGCCAAGAAGAAGGCCACGCCCAAAGCGAAGGCGGCGGCCAAAGCAGAGCCAAAAGCGGAGCCGAAGAAAGCCAAAGAGUCCGCCGCCGCCGCUCUCAUCCCCAAGCCGAAUCCGGAUGCGCCCAAGAUCUUGCUGGGCUAUACACUGUCGCUCGAAGGCUUCGGAGGGGAGAUACAGACGCAUGAUGAGAAGAAGGUGACGCUCGCGCAGCUGGUUGAGAAAAGCAAGGCCGGGGUGGUGCUGUUCACGUACCCCAAAGCCAGCACUCCCGGAUGCACGACCCAAGCGUGUAUGUUCCGCGACGAGUUCACCCCACUCACCGCCACUGGCCUCGACAUCUACGGCCUCAGCAACGACCCGCCCAAGGCCAAUACAUCGUUCAAGAACAGGCAGAUUCUGCCGUAUACACUCCUCUGCGACCCGGAGAAGACGCUUAUUGAAGCAAUUGGAUUGAAGAAAGCACCGAAUGGAACUGCUCGAGGUGUAUUUGUGGUGAACAAGGACGGCAAAGUGCUUGCUGCCGAGCCCGGAAGUCCAGGCCGUACGGUUGCAGUGGUGCGGGAGAUCGUGGAGCAGAUGGGCGGGAAGGUUGGAGGCGGAGACACAAAUGGCGUGCAUAAGGCGACGGAGGAGAAGAAGGUCGCUGAAACCGCGGCUGAGGUUGCUGACUCUGCUGCGGCGCUUGAUAAGAGCAAGACUUCCACUCCUCUGCCGGCUUGAGGAGGUAUGCUUGCUCCAAUGUUGUGUGGUUGUGUUGAUAGCUUCUGCAGAGCUACGAAAAGUCAU